UCAAAAUCAAGCAGAGAAAGAGAGAAAUUUGUGUAGAGAGAAAAUGUCAGGAAGAGGAAAAGGAGGCAAGGGUUUGGGAAAGGGAGGAGCAAAGAGGCACAGAAAAGUAUUGAGAGAUAAUAUCCAGGGAAUCACUAAACCAGCAAUCAGAAGAUUAGCUAGAAGAGGUGGUGUUAAACGUAUCAGUGGUUUGAUUUAUGAAGAGACUCGUGGUGUUCUUAAGAUCUUCCUUGAGAAUGUGAUUCGUGAUGCUGUUACUUACACUGAACAUGCAAGGAGAAAGACCGUCACUGCAAUGGAUGUUGUCUAUGCUCUCAAGAGACAAGGAAGAACCCUCUAUGGAUUUGGGGGUUAGGGUUUUCAAUUUCAAGUUGCCUGUUCUGUAAAAGAAUGUUAAGAAUAGGUUUUAAUUUGUCCUUUUUGGGUUUCAAAUGUACUUGGAGAUUAGGAGUGUAAUAGUUGAAUAUCAAUUAGAAAUUUGAAAUCUACCCGUUUCUGACUAA